AUGUGUGAUGCGAAGCUGGAGCCCGACUUCAUCAGCUGCAAUGCUGGGAUCAGCGCGUGCGAGAAGGGCGGGCAGUGGCAGCGGGCGCUCGCGCUGCUGAGCGAGAUGCGGCAGGUGAACCUGGAGCCCACUUCAGCUACGGCGCUGGGAUCAGCGCGUGCGAGAAGGGCGAGCAGUGGCAGCGGGCGCUUGCGCUGCUGGGCGAGAUGCGGGAGGCUAAGCUGGAGCCCAACGACAUCAGCUACAACGCUGCGACCUGCGCGUGUGAGAGAUGCGGCCAGUGGCGGCAUGCGUUGUCGCUGCUCAGCGAGAUGCGGGAGUGCAAUGUGGAGACGAGCGACAUCAGUUGCAACAUGUGCACCACAGCUUAUGAGAGGUCGUCUCUCGACUCGGCAGGAUUUCCAGGCUAUCUUGGGAUCGGUCUUUCGCGUUUUUGCGUGUCUUGCGAAGCACUGUGCGUGUGAACACUUGCUGGGCAACCAUUUUGAUUUCGUGGACGGACAUCCGCAUUGUGGAUUUGACAGUUGCUUCUAUCGCGCAGCAGAAGCGCUGCUCCGCAUAACAUUGCACGGAUCCGCCCUGGUUGGCUGCAGCGGUGAGAUCAGCAUGUGUGAGAAAGAGAGAGAGAGAGAGAGAGAGAGCGAUAGAGAGAGAGAGAGGCGUGCAUUGAAAGCGGGUCAUGCCACUGCUCAGCGAUAUAUUGAUUGCGAAGUUGGAGCCCAAUGUCGACAGCGGAUCAGCGAGUUGCGGGAUGCGAUGUCGGAGCCGAAGGUCCUCAGCUACAACGCUUGGAUCAGCGCGUGCGCGAAGAGCAAGCAGUGGCAGCGGGCGCUGGAACUGCUGAGCGAGAUGUGUGAGGUGUCUCUGGAGCCCACUGUCAUCAGCUACAACGCUGGGAUCAGCGCGCGCGCGCGAAAGGCAAGCAGUGGCAGCGGGCGCUGGCGCUGCUGA